AUGCGGCAGAAGUUUGUGAACAGCAUCAUUUCUUCUUGGAUUCUACACAUAGCUGGAGAUCAAAGCAAGCGAGCAAAAAUGAAAGUGUUGUUGAUCUGUGCCCUGAUUGCUGCCGUUGCAGCCGAUGUCAGCCAUCUGUCGAACGAGUACCUGCCACCCAACCAAGCUGCAUCGGCUCCCGUCCAGAGCUAUGCCGCUCCUGCCGCUGACUUCGGUGGUGCCUCUUACGAGACAGCCGCCUCUGCCCCAGCUGUGAGCUACUCUGGUGGUGCCUCCUAUGAUAACGGUGGCUCUUAUGGCGGUUCUUCCCUUGGCGGUGGUUCCUUUGGCGCUGCCUCUGCUCCAGUCCAGACCUACUCGGCUCCCGCUGCCGUUGAGAGCUACGACACCGGUGCAUCUGCCCCCGCACACACCUUCUCGUCCAGCGAUGGUUACCGUUACAAGACCCACCGUCGCCGUGUGCUCCGUCGCCACCGUCGUGAUGUCAGCCAUCUGCCCUCCAACGAUUACCUGCCCCCUGUCCAGGGCGCCGCUUCUGCACCAUCCAACGAUUACUUGCCCCCAGUUGCUGCCUCUGCUCCAGUUGCCAGCUACUCUGCUCCUGCUGCUAGCUACAGCAGCGUUGCCAGCUACUCUGCUCCUGCUCCCAGCUACAGCAGCGGUGGUUCAUUCGGCGGUUCUUCCCUCGGCGGUGGUUCCUUCGGUGGCGGCUCUUCCUACACUGGUGCUGCAUCUGCCCCAGCUGUGAGCUACGAUACCGGUGCCUCUGCCCCCGCACACAGCUUCUCGUCCAGCGAUGGCUACCGUUACAAGACCCAGCGUCGUCGUGUCGUCCUCCGUCGUCGUCAUUAA